AUGUACAUAUAUGUAUAUAUAUACAUAUAUAUAUAUACGUAUAUACACCCAUUUAACCAAAACAGUAAUUCUUUUCAUGCACACAUACACAUACACAUGCACACACACACACACACAUACACAUACACAUACGUAUACAUACACGCGUACACAUAUAGACGGGCACAGACACAUACACAUACACAGACACAUAUAAACAUAUAUACAUACGCAAACAUACACAAACACACAUACAUAGACAUACACACAGACAAAUAUAUACACAUACAAACAUACAUACAUACAUAUACCACUGAUAAAUGA